AUGGCAGCAAAUGGUACAGUAGAGCAGUUGAAGGAAUGCGGUUUAGAUGACAUAGGUUCGCAAUUGGAAUUUCAGCGUCUCGUGAGACAAUUUUCACAACACGAUGCUCGUGAAAUCAGUGUAACUGCAUCUCCUUCGCCUAGCUGCUCCAGCAGCUCCAGCACACCCUCCAGUUCAUCAGCAUCAAGUAAAAAGCCAUCACGAAAUGCAAUAAAAAGUAUGUCUGCUUUAGAUGCAAAGAUAUACAAAGCUAAGUAAGUAUCUAUAAAAUAUAUAGAGUCAGUGAAAAGUCAGUGGUGUAGACAAGGGGGAGUCCAGGAGGGGGCAAACACUCCCUCCUCCUUUCUCUGUAUUAAAUGCUCCUUUUCACCUUUUGAUUCAAAUGUUCUGUCUCCUGAGUAGGCGUCGUACUGUUCAAGAACAUGCUGUUAAGCGGUGGCCAGGAAAUACCAUUCCCAUUUUCAGGAAAAAUGAAACUGCCUUGAAUGAGCUUGAACAUUUGGUGAAUGAAUUGGUUGCGAGUUGCACUUAUGCACCUGCUGGAUUUGGGAAGGAAGGUAUACGACAGCACAUACUGGAUACAUUAAAUGAAAGAAGAAGACGAAUUCACAAAGGACAUGACUAUGAUAAGGUACAUACUCUUUUGGAAAUCACUUUUUCCAUCAACUAAUCACACACUUAACGGCCAGUUAGUUUCAUGCAGUCGGAACAUCAAUUUUUCAGAGUUCCUGUUCCUGCCAACGGAACUCAAACUUAUUUAUCAAACAAACUUCUUAUUGUAUAUUUUCUACCUUGUAGCCAUGGGGUGAUCUUUUUAGUUCACAGCAGGAAGAAAUUUAAACUACAGAAGGAAAAUGGACAAAUGGUCCAUAUUCACAUUUCACACUGAUGAUUACCAUUAUUCAAUCAUUUCAUUCUAAUAUUUGCAAGAAGAUUCUGUUGGUCAAAAACUGGCAAAGCAACAACAAAAACCAUGUGGUGCAAAAAUAUUCAAAUUUCCAGAACUACCGGAACAAUAUGUUGAUGAUGAUAAAAGUGAAGAUGAAGCUGAUAAAAGUGAAGAUGAUGAGUGUAAAGAGAUGGAUAAAGGUGACGAUAGUGACGAGGAUGAUAAACAUGAAAUGGCAGAUGAUGGACUUCAUCCAUCAUGUGGUGAUGAGAUGGAUUCUUCCAAAGACACCCCACAGCAGUCUAAGUCUAAUGCAAGCACAGGUGGCAAAGGUAAUUUUUUAUUAACCGAGCGCGAGGUCUUUACUGAGAAAUAUCUAACCAAGGUAUUUUUUUGUACAGACCAAUUAAGUCCAUAGGGUGAGGUUUGUGCAAAAAGACAGAGGUCUGAUAUUUCUCUGUACAUACCAAGGUUAAUAAAAGGUUUAUUAUAUGGCGUUUAUAGGCAUUCAUACUCGAAACAAACAAGAAAUGUACAUAUUGAAAUGCAUAUUAGUAGCGUGGUACACAUUUGAUUGAAGAAAACAAAAAUUACUAAUGUAUUCCUUCUUUUCCACUUAAAACCAUUCGCAGAUAACUUAUAAUUACAAAUUAAAUUAUAGUGUAUGUUAGGGGUGCACCGGAUUUGGAAUUUUCAAAUCCGGCCGGAACCGGAUUUGCCAGAUUUGGACAAAAUUCCGGCCGGAUUUGAGAUAAACCGGUAAUGGGGACAAUUGGGGAUAAAUCAGUAUUCAAAAUGACUGUUUAUGUUUUUUACUAUUUUUAGUUAGUGUCAGUUUAGAUUUUUGAUUGUAUUUAAACCUUUUUUAAACAUCUUUUUGUUAAUAACUUAAUAUUUUAUAAUAAUAUAAGUGUUUUUUUAAACUUUAAAGCUGCCAAAUUGAUGGUUUAUCCCAUUCUUGGUGAAUUUUUUAAGGUGAAAACAGAAAUUUAAAUCCGGCCGGAUUUGGAGAAAAUCCGGCCGGAUGCAGGAAAAUUGGUUAAUUGGUUGCACCCCUACUGUAUGUGUGUAUAUGUAAAUAUUUACUUGGGUAGUAUGUAUGAUAGGGUCAAUUUAUUUCACUAAUCUUAUAACUUUUGUAUGCUUUUCUACAGUUAUGACAGUAGCAGAGGCUGCAGAGAUGGAAAACAUGAGUGUACACUCAGCUGGACUUAUUAUCUCAGUUGCAUUUCAAGCAAUCAACAUAAAAAGUAUCACAAGAACCCAGCUUCUCUCAGCCAGUAAGACAUUAAAUUUAAAGUUGAAAUGUUCCAGUAAAGAAGAGUUUCUAAUGCCAUUAGCUACGGCUCUUAUCAAAGCAGGGUAUCUCAAAAUUAAAAAAGGACGUAGUUUGCAGAAACUUAACCGAAGUGAGAUUAUUAGAUUAAAAGCAUUUUAG